UUUCAGAACUAUAAUGGGAAACGAUCAUUCAGUUGCAAACGUCGACGUUCGAGCCAGAAGGAGUCUAGAUGCUGGGAUGGUCAACAAGGCAAAACACACGUGUACAACUCCUCGUCCAUCAGUUGCACUACCUCCACCAUCACCAAAUCAACAUCGACUUUCAACAGAUUACUCGAACUAUUCGAACUCUUCCAACUGUUCAACACCACGGCGGUCGUUUUGUGAACAAAUGGGCAAUAACGUUCCAUCUCGAAGAAUGAGUCGAGCAACUGUUCAUUUAGAGAACAGUAAUGGGGCAGAUAAUAUGUCAUUUGUGGAUGCAAUUCAUUUAUCUCCACACCAAGUGCAGCUGUUGACAUCCACGUGGCCACGUAUCAAGACACAAAGCAGUCUGUUCACUCAAGUGUUCAAAGUGUUAAUGCAACGUUCCCCAGUUUGUCGAGAAAUGUUCCAGAAGAUGUCAAUCGUCGGUGGAUUUAGUAGCAAUUCAGUGUGUGAUCUCAAUUCGCAUACGAAAUUGCUCUGCGAGCUUCUUGAUUCCUUAAUGACAGACCUACACCAACCAGCCAAGAUUGUUCUGGCAAAGUGUCAAGAUGUUGGCGCAGCUCAUGUGAAUAUGAAUGAAAAGUGUUGUGGAGUAGUAUUUGAUCAAUUGGGUGAAGCAUUCACAGAGCUCAUCACAAAAGUGGAAUGUGUCCGAUCAAAACGUGAAGCUGUAAAAAGUUGGAUGUGUGUAAUAUCAUAUAUGGCUGACAGUAUUAAAAGUGGUUACAUGGAGGAGUGGGCAAAAAAGAGAAGAAGCAAUAAUCAUCAUCAACCACAACAAUAUCAAGCUGCUGGUGGAUCAUGUCCAUAUGCAUAAAAUCAGGUCAUCUAUCAUCAUUGUAUGCUUCAUCUCAAUCGCAUUUUCAUACCACGUUUUGUUCUCUUUUCUUUUUUUAAGUCUCAUAUCUUUUGCAAUCUGCGUAUCGUCCAAUGUUUAGUUCUCGUGCACUUUGCACCUACGCGCCCCGCUCGCUUCUUCCAUACCGAAACAAUUUUUUUCUCAAAUACCUUUCUCUGUGAAACAAUUUCCCUCAUUUCUUCCCUCUUUGUUUCUCUAUUUCUUCAUAUUUUCUCAUCUGUUCAUUCCCGCUCGUCUGUGAUCUCCCUGGGCCACCCGUGUGGCUAAUCCGUUCUCAUUUUCCCUUGCUCUUCUGCUUUUUCACUUGAAAAAUGCUUUCCUCUCCCAUUAUGUGAAACAUUGUCUUUGUUCAUCUAAACCUAUCUGCACCAUAAACCAUUUCAUUCUCAAUCACACCAUCACCUGUAUGUUUUUAUGUGUAAAUAAAGAUUAAAAAAUUGUUGAUAAUU